AUGACAACGGUGCGGCCGUUUCGUGCGCGGGAUCUUUUUGUGUUCAACAAUGUGAACAUGGAUCACUGGACCGAAACGUAUAGCAAUGGUUUCUACCUUGGUUACCUCGCACAAUGGCCUGACAUGACGUUGACAGCGUGCGCUGCGCAUACCGAUACCAUUAUGGGCUACGUCCUAGGCAAGGCGGAAGGACGUGAGCCGCGGAAGAAGCGCGAAGAGAUUACGUUGCAUGGCCACGUCACAGCUGUCACGGUCGCGCCUGAGUACCGACGGCUGGGCGUGGCGCAGAUGCUCAUGGACUUUUUCGAGCAGGUGUCUGAGCAAGUAUACCAGGGCUUCUUUGUCGAUCUGUUUGUCCGCCCCUCGAACGAAAAGGCCAUCCAUAUGUAUGAAAAGCGCGGGUAUUCCGUAUACCGCCGCGUCCACCGCUACUACCGCGGUGCUGGCACGCAACCUACGGAGGACGGAUAUGAUAUGCGCAAAUCCCUGCCUCGCGACGUGGAUCGGCAGACCGUGCGCAGCAACGGCCGAAGUGUCGUGGUCCAGCCACAAGCGACAUUGUUUGAUCCGUAUGUGCACAAAGGCAUUUGA